AUGGCGGGUGGCAAAUUGAGAACCUCAAUUCUAUAUGUAUUUGUUCGAUUCUACAAAAAUCAGAACGAAGAUAAAGUGUUAACAUUGUGUGUGAGUUUUUUAUGCAUUCUUAAAAACUCGGAUAUGUAUGUAUAAAAUGCGACAGGAUAAAAAAUUGAAGAUUUAAAAUCUUAGCUCGUGCUUUACUGGUAAAAAUGUAUACAGUCGUUAACUGUACAUACAAGAUGCAUAGACAGCACUAGGUGUGACUAUGAGAUUGCAGAAAAGUAGAAAGGUUGGGCCUAAUUUGGCAUUUGACUUACAGCUGGAGUAUUUUAAGUGUGACACUCAGAUUUUAGCGUGACUUUGAUGAAACAUUUCUAGUACUCUCUUCGCCGCAAAGCCCGUUGAAUAGCUCGGCUACGCCUGCAAAGCGGGAGCUAAAAAUUUUUCUCGGGCCAUAAGCAGCUUGUUUUUUUCAGCUAAUAAGCCGUCAACUUGCUCGCGCUGUUGCUUCUCAAAGGGAUAUUAUGUCAAUUGAGUUCGGCUUUGAGUGCAAUUUCAACAAUGGUGCGAGUGGGUUGUCAAACAUUUACAAUUUGUAUCUUCCAGACACAACAAUCCUUUAUGUAUUUGUGCGCUCAAGGCAUCGUUGGCAAACCACACUACAUCACGUUACCAGCGUAGGCGAACUGAUGACGGCAAUUGUUUGUUUAAAACUGUUGUUUUAUUACAAAACCAAGUUUCCAUUUGUUAUUUGCACUUACAAUUCCGACUUUCUCAUUCCAUGGUUUAAAGAGAGGGUAGCUGUAAAAACUGGAAGAAUUUUAAAAGGUAAAUAGUUUGAGGCAAUCACAGUGGGGGAAAGCAGUAACCUGUGUACAACAAACGUUAAUAUACAAUAAAACCUGUCUAGAACGAACAAUUUCGUGGAAGACCAAAACUCCACAUAGUCGACUUUCUAACACAGUUGAGCUUCAAGAAUGGACCGAAUCGUGCGCAAAAUGCCUUUACGUAAGAAGCUGACCGAGAGCAGUCUGCGUUAGUCUCGAGCCCUAGUCUGUAAAAAACGAUUUGAUUUAAGACCCAAGAUGGAUUUUAGGAUGAAACACCUCCGUAUAACGAAACAAUUCCGUAAAGAUUUUGACUGUUUAAUGGCUUCUAUGAGCUUUCAAAAUUCCUGCAAUUGGCAAAGAUAUAAACAAAAGAUGGUUUUCCCGCCGACCUCUAUCCGCAUUUCACGUACUCUCUCCUUUGGAAAUAACAGAUACAUGCAGAAUUCUUUCCCCACGUCAAAUUCACUCUCUCAUCCUAUGCUUCACUGACCACAUCAUACCAUCAGAUGAUACCGUUUAUUUUGGAGAUGGUCCCGGUUCUGCGGAAUGUUGAGUGCUGUCCCCGAGAGCUACAGCUUCUUGGAGCGGCCGAUUUGCAUGUCCUCAAACUUUCCCGAUUUUGGAUUCCAAGACCGUGUUGUAAGUUCUGGAGUUUUUAUAGAUGUAUGACAAUGGUUUUUACAGUUUAUCCUUCACUUUUCUCCGUGAAAGCGGAUGAACUAGUCUUUGGCACUAAGUUUCCAUUGGACAAAUUUUUACAUGGAAGGUAAAUUGGUCUUUCUACUGAUGAUGGGCCGUUAUUUUACAUCAUGAAUCUCCAUAUUUCAGCUAUCCAGUCCAAACCAAAGCCGAGAGCUUGAUGUGUAAACUUGACCUCGAAAAGGAUCAAUGUUCCAUCUUUUAUCCAGAUAUCUUCAAGGAGAUUUCAAGCUGUUUGCCCAACUUGAAACUUCUAAAAUGUAAUAACGUAACUACAAAACUCAAAGAUCUGUUUGUAAUAGAGGAUCAGGAAGCCAUGAAUCCGACAUAUCGAGUCAAUCUAAAGUUGACGGAGGUAUGUGGAAUUUCACCUUUUGGUUUGUCUGAGGAUUCAGGGAAAAAAGAAUUUUAAGAUUUGGCCAAAAACUAGAAGUUAUAGCCAAUUCAAAUCGGGCCACAAAGAUGCCCCACCGUGUAUUGCAAAUCCGUGACGAAAUAUGGGUUUUUGAUUGCAUUUGGAAGCGGAAACAAGGGAAAUGUUUGAAGCACUAUGAUUUUUGAUAAAAAUUAAUUUCAGUUCCACAUCAAAGAAAUCGAGGAAACUGUUUGGCAUAUUAGCGAAGUCUGUCGACACUCUCAUGUCAAAACAAAGCUGGAUUUUGUAGUAGACAUGUGUACUCACCAUUAUGUUGAGGCCAGUGCGGAGCUCUUCUCCGAGCUUUUGGUUGGCAGCAAAAUAAAGGAGCAUACAGUGGAAGGUGUAGGUGAGCGCAUGGAACGAUUUGUAUUUUAUACGUGCAACAAGACCAAAGUUAGGAUCCGAAUGUUCGGACACAUAGAAUAAAGAAUAAAAAUUGCUAAUUUGAUAGUGUAGAGUUUAAAUGUUGUAUUUUCAGCAAAUGCAAAAAAUAAAACCGUUAAAAUACAUUGUUUUGUAUGACAUUUCACAUUCCGCUUUAGCUACAACAAGCUACAGGAUGUGAGGAAAACAUUAAACACACCAAUUUAGUCACCUUGUUUAACAAAAACGAACGUCUAGACGCGUCUGAUCAUUUACGUGAUCAUUUUGAACUCUCCAUUUAUUUUUUUCUGGUCUUUUGCCAAACAAUGAGGAACAACGUUUCUUCGUGAGUCAUAUCCUACUAAAAGAUAGUUUGUUUUCUUUUUGACCGUUUAUGAAAAAUUCUGGAGAUUUCAUGGCUCUGUAAUAGAGAGUCCGGUGGGUAUUUGAACACUUUUCAACAUAUAAAAGUGAAGAAAUAAGACCGGUUUUCAAAUUUUGAAAAAGACGCUAAAUUUGCUUUCCCGAGCUUUUUUUCUCAUGUCGGCCUCAUUUUUUCCAUUCUAUUUUUUCAAAAAAAAUUGAGGAAAGCGUUUUUAACGUUUCGCUUCGGAACGACCGGUGCGAUCUUAUUUCUUCAUCCCUGAAACGACGGAAAUGCUGGUCAACUCUUCGUUAGAGACGUUUAUCUGCUUUUAUGGCCAAACAGAUGGGCAAAAUGUCGUCAAACUCAGCGUAAGUAACUGUGAAGCACAGCCGCAACGGGCUUUGUUUUUUAGUUAGUAAACAAAAGAUAUGCCACAGUGAUCCGUGAGGUGUACGAGCUAAGAUGUCCAAGGCUUUCGUUUACAGAAUCAAGCCGUGCUAACGCCCGUAAGUUGGGGCGUUGGGAAGUCUGGUACUAUCCCAAAAAAAUUUUCAUUGCAGUUUUUUACGACGAUCUAUGGCAAACCGCAGUGACCUUGAGCUUCAUUUCUGAUGUUGAAAAAAAAGAGGAAUUAUCGGUGUUUGUGGCAAACUACGACUGCAUGGCAAUCAAUCUCGUGGGCAUUAGAAACAUCUUCGCUAUGAACCCAAACCAUGAAUUUCACAUUCAUUUGAGCCUUUCAUUUAAGACAAUACCGUGGGUUACUACUAAAAUGGCGGAAAGAAUUCCGCUUCUAAUCAGAAGUAAGCAAUAUGUAAAAAAAUACACUCACAACAACAAUAAGAUGUCUUUAAGAACCUACAACGUAGCUUUAGACCUAUUUCCGUCGUCAAAACUGAUCUUAAAUAGAACAGAACAGCCAUAUACUGGUGAAUACCCUGAAGUUUAUCGACAGUUACUGCCUUUCGUAUGCAAAAUAGCUCCAUAUUUGACCGAAGCAACUUGCUGCGUUGAAGACCUUCCAUACCUUGACGACGUUGCCUUAGAAAGACUUGAAGUCAUUGAGCCGUGGUUUAAUUCAAAUUUAUACGGUAAGCAAAAUGGACAAAUAAUUUUAGCCUUUAGACAGCCCUAUGUUUAGAAUCAGAGCUAGGGAACUCAUCUGCACUGAGGUUUUUCCGAUUACAUUUUUUCAUCAAGGACGGUAAGUUGAUUUAUUGGAACGAAGGUCCAUUCAUACCCAACGAUUGAUGUAUUCAAGCAGUGGUUGUAGAUAUCCCGUCCAGCCGCAAAUCGAAAUUCUGGAGACCUCGGUUUGUCAUAAAGAAGAUAUAAUCCCAGGUCAGUACGAGGCCGCCCUGAACGAGAUACCAAAGUGCUGUCCGCGCCUCAAACUCCUAAGGCUGAUCUUUGAUCAAACACUUCAUCAAUUGGGAUGUGGGCAGACCUGUGUUCGGAACGGGUUUUUGGACGAAGUGAGCGUUGAAAACAGGCCUAGCUAAGGCUGUCUACAACAUUAAAUCUCUUCGUUUUUCAGCCUUGCCUCGACGAGUUCUGUCGGAUUGUAUCACAUGUCCAGCAAAUCGCACAUUUCUCUAACGUCAAAACAGAAGUGGAAGUGCGGUUUCAAAAAUACGUAUGCGAUUAUGCCGGGGCGGCAACGGAGUUACUGAUGAAUUUGCUUCCUAUCACCAGGAUUAGUACGACCACUGACAGACGGGAGACAUCUUUUAUUUACGAGCAUAGGAAGACGGUUACCAGCUUUACGUUUUAUUCGUGGAAACUGGAUAAGAAAAAAUACCGUGGUUAA